GCCCACUGUGGCUGCAGGGUUAUUUGUCAGCAGAAUUUCUUUUCACAGCCUACUCUUAUCAGAAGAUAGCCACGAUUACUAAGCUAAAUUGGUAUGUGGAACCAUAUGGUGUUUUGGAGCCGCUUGGUUACUGUGGAGGAUAAAUAGCUCCUGACCCUGAACAGGAUCUUUGUAAGGAAAAAAAGCCCAAACCAACCCAAAGCGGUGUCCCUAUGCCUUAUAAGGCAUGGGCAGGCUGACUCCGGCGCUGAAGGAGGGGCGGUAGCGGAUUCCCGUGGCUGACUUUGCUCCGGCAGCGGUCGCAGGCGACUGAAGAAGUUGAGCUGAAACUGCAGACGUUUCGUCGCGACGCUCGGCAGCAAAACUCACUCUGAGAGAGGAAGGCAGCAGGUGAAGUUUGAAAACCCCCCACCGCUCCAUCAUGGGAAAAUCAGCUUCCAAACAAUUUGCUGAAGAAGUCUUGAAAGCACACAAUGACUACAGGAAGAAGCAUGGAGUCCCCCCAUUAAAACUCUGCAAGAAGUUAAACAGAGGAGCCCAACAGUAUGCAGAAGAAUUGGCUGCCACGAGAGUCCUCAAACACAGCUCCGAGUCUGCUAAUGGAAAAUGUGGAGAAAACCUAGCAUGGGCAUCCUAUGACCAACCAGGAAAAGAUGUGGCUGACAGAUGGUACAGUGAAAUAAAAAACUACAGCUUUCAAAAUCCAGGGUUUUCUUCUGGGACAGGUCACUUCACAGCAAUGGUUUGGAAGAGCACAAAAAGGAUGGGAGUUGGAAAAGCAUCUGCUAGUGAUGGCUCAACAUUUGUGGUGGCUAGAUAUGAUCCAGCUGGGAACGUAGUAAAUCCAGGCUAUUAUGAAGAAAAUGUCCUUCCUCCAAGAAAAUAACUUUUUUUUUUAAUCCUUUUUUUUAAUUGUAGUCCUAUUGUCAUUACAAGUGAACCAGGAUUUGGACUUAACAGUGCUUGAAAUGAAGUACAAUUCAGUGAAAUUUCCUGUUUUAUGCUGCUGUUCACUUCUCGUUACAGUGGAAGCAAUUAUAUGUUGCUUGAGCCAAUCUGUGCAUCAGGUCCCUGCUGUUUGUGAGGGGGGCUGAGUUUAUUUCAGGAUUAAACCCAUGCAGCAUUUCUGAAGGGUAAAACUGAGGGUGGGUUUUUUUAAUAGUUUGCCUGGAGUUGGUGUCAGCUUGUGAGUAAGCACAUUGGAUGUCUUUUUUUUUUAAACAAGAGAAUUUAUAGCUUUCUGUAAACUGAAGAUACCAGCCUGUGGUUAGAUCACCUACUCCCAGUUUUCCAGUAAUUUUGUAAUAACUGACUUCUUUCUCUGUCUAUACCUCCUGCUACUGUGGGGCUUUCUCUCUGCAGAUAGAACAUAUGCAAAACAACCUGUAUGAAAGGAAUGUGUGUAAAAGGUAGUGGCAUCCAGACCUAUGUGUUUGUGUUAAGAGGAUCUUAUGGAACACUAAAACAUUGCUGACCAAAUUGUAUGCAUCAAGCAAGCCAUAACUCAAGCAUGACCUGAAAGCUACUAACAUCCUUUAAACCCUAACAUUACAUUUUUAGGUGCUAGUAUCUAAAAUCUGUUUGAGAUUAGUAUAUUGCAAGUUCAAACCUCAUCUUACGGUUUUGUGUGUGUACAAUGCCUUAGAAUCAAACUGUUUGCUUCUGUUACAGGGAAUUAAGAUACUUUGUCUCUUAGUAUUUAUGCAUGAAAAAAAAGUUUUUUCUGAUAGAGAACAUUGGAUUUUAUUUCUCAAUAACUUAUUUUUGUUUCCUAUGGAAUAUCUUCUGCAGGUGUCACACUAUACAGACAGUAACAUUCCUAAUCAUCUCUUGUCUUCUUUUAAUAAUGUCACAGUAGGAGGUACUCACAUGGUCAUAAUUAAGAGACAUUUAUUCUUUGUUCAUAUUGUUCAAUAAUAGUAAAAAUAUCUCACAUGCUGGAUUGAUGCUUUGAAAAAAAUCAGGUUGAAUUUCCUUGAAAAAAAUGAGAUUGAAUGUCCUUGAAAGCAAGCAAGCAAACAAGCAAAAAUUUCUGAGGAUGCUUUUUUUCUCUUAGGAAAUUGGGCCCUUUUGGCCAGAUUCAUGUCUGUGCUUCAGUCUGGGGUUUUCUUUUCUUUUUAAAUGUUUGACUUCUGCCCAGAUUCUGUGUGCUGGGAUUUGGUUCAAGAGUGCCAUUACGAAAAUAUUUCUUUUUGUUUACACAGGUGUAAUAAACUGCACUGUUACAUCCUGAUUAUAUGUGUUGCAGUAUGUUACAAUCUUUGCACUGUAACUGAGAAUGUAACACAUAUAACAAAGAUCUGCAAAUUAAACAUUUUGGACUAUGUAUUAUUCAAGCCUUUGUUGAAUAAUCUCCAGAUUUUAUUUCUAGGACAUUAACACGUGACUUUAUUACUUUUGCAACAUGGAGAAAAUAAAAGCAGCAAAUAUUCCAGUCCAGGAAAGGUAGAAGAGACCCUCAAAGGAAUGAUGAAUUGCACAGCAGAUCAUAUAUCAGCCCUUUGUACAAAGAUUAAGACGACACUUGAAGCCCAAGCUGAAGAGGCCUACCUCUUUCUCUCUUGAACUCCUGCUUUGCAUCUCAUUCCAUUUCUGCUGCUCCCUUUCUCACUUGAUGUGUUCUCAGUGAAGAAUACCCACUCGACUCCCACUCAGGCCUAUGUGUUUCCAUAACUACAGUCUUGGGACCUUCCUUUCUUUAACCCUCAUCUGACAAAUGUUGCAGCUCCAAACAGGUGAAUGUUUUAUGUGCAGCACAUUAUCAUCCCUGAGAAUAAAAUCAGGACUUUCUGAAGAAAACAGGUUUACUGCAAAUGAAAUAAAGCUAAAAGCUGAUGUUAAAUACAUUAA